GGUAGCAGAGAUGGCAGCAGCAUCAGCAGCAUUGUGUUCUGUGGUGGUGGUGGUGAUGUUGGUGACCACAGUGGCUGCCAGUGACGUAAUGAGUGACGUCAUCAAGUGUGGUGGUGACCAGGACCCGUCCUCGUGUCUCAAGAAGACGGCUCUCAGACUGCUGGACACGGCAUUGGCCGCGGACUCUCUGAGACUCACUGAUGACGUCACUGUGGACCGUCGACCUGACGUCACUGUACCUCGUCACUUUGGUCCUCAGAACGUCACCUCUCUGGACGGCGUGCUCCUGGACAGAGUGUACGAGCUCAUCACUACCAGGACUGUCCACGUACACGACCAGCCCGAGGAGGCCGAAGGCCGGAGGAAGGGAUACAAGAAGAAGGGCGGUGGCAUCUACUUAGCCAUGUUCGGUGCUAUGGGAGUGAUGCUGCUGAAGCUGGCCUUGGCCACUCUGGCGCUGCUGUCUGGCAAGGCUCUGCUGAUAGCCAAGGUGGCGCUGCUGCUGUCAGCCAUCUUCGGCCUCAAGAACUUGCUGGCACAUCAGCCGCAGGAGAAACAUGCUGCCAAGGUGAUCUACGCAGAGCCCGAGGUGCACGGUGAUUGGUCCAGGAGUGGUCCAAUAGCACCAGACUCCGCCAGCCAGGACCUAGUAUACAGAGGGCAGAGGGCCAUGCAGUCCAGGCGAGGCCAGUAACAUACCUACCUCAAUCCAUCCUCCCCACGCACCUACUCGUCAUUUGUUAUUUAGUUUGAAUCCAAAUUUGUUAAUUUUGUAUUUAUUUAUUUAUUUAUUUAUGUAAUUAAUU